UACGGUCUCUAAGCUGUACGAUAUGCUUUGUUUGUAUUUCGAGUGACCUCUCUAUGCCGACUCAGAGACAAAUCCUGAUAGUCGAACGUCUUUGCUUCUCUUAUCGUAGUCAGUUGUGCUCCGGAACGCGGUUCCCGGAGGUCGCCGCCAUUCUCGCUACCACGCUUCCUUUCCUCAAACAACCCUUUCUAAACCGCCAAUGCCAUUACGAUAUUCGCUAUCUUCAAUCAAGGUCUCCCGGUAUCCAUUCAAUACUCGUCGCCCACCAUGGCCUGGCAACAAAUUCAAACUGCGGGGAUCCCGCAGAAGACCUCAAAAGCCACGGAAACAACGACAUACCAAAGCUCUAGGAUGGCCUCUAGCAGUUCAACAAGAGCGACUUCGAGGACCUGUGAACGCGAAGGGAGAUUCCGCAACGCUUGUGUGAUUGCGACUGCACACCCGCUUUGUUCAGAGCCAAACUCCUUACGGGCCUCGGAAAAGAAACGCGGGACGACACGUGGCCGAAAUGCUGAAACGAAGCCGCCAGAUGGUGACCAAGCUUUUGGCCUGAACGCAUCCGCUGUGCUUUCGAGCGCUGAAUGCAUUUCAAAAGUGGAAAUGGACGAGCCCGGCAAAGUGUUUAAUCAACGAAGACGAACCGCUUCACUUUCGCCUUCUCGUGUACAAAAUCUUCCUGAGAGAAGAACCCCUGCGUCACUUGGUAUCCGGGCGGAGCCGUCUGAUGUCACUCCGGGGAGGAAGCGAGGAAUGGGAGGAGAAGCUGAAGAAACUCGAAGAGGUAGAUCUCAGCAACCAUUACUCACCUUUGGUGAUCUUCGGAUCUCCCAUGCAUCUACUAACUCGGGAUCGUGGACUUUAGAUUCCGAAUCACCUCCCUCCAAUUCUCCUCCCCCGCUUUCUCGCCGAAUUUUCCUGGCAUGGUGGCGAAAGGUUGUAUAA